CCUGAAGCCGGCUUAGCAGCCGCCGCAGCCUGGCUCCAGCUGCAGGAGUGCAAGCAGCCUCGCGCAGGGUCGCCUCGCCGCUGUGCACUGGCUUCCCCUCUGAUCAGUGAUUGCAAAGCCAGAGUUCUCCUUGAACCGUGUCCAGGGUGCAGCCGCCUAAACCGCCUCCCCCCUCCCAGGCACUGGGCUCAUUCCAAGGGAUACAGUUUGAAAAUAAACUGCAAUAUUUUUGCAACAUUCUUUCCCCCCUCUCCGCUUGCUUUUUGGCUUUUUGUUGUCAAGAAACAUUUUUAAAAUGCCUGCUGACACCAUGGAGAAACCGACAGCCUCCCCGAUCGCCGGUGCCCCCGCUAGCUCCAGCCACACGCCGGACAAGCCCAAGAGCGCCAGCGAACACAGAAAGUCCUCCAAACCUAUCAUGGAGAAGCGGCGCCGGGCCCGGAUCAAUGAGAGCCUGGGGCAGUUGAAGACCCUCAUCCUGGAUGCCUUGAAGAAGGAUAGCUCCAGGCACUCCAAGUUGGAGAAAGCAGACAUCCUGGAGAUGACGGUGAAACACCUGCGGAACCUGCAGCGAGCCCAGAUGACAGCAGCACUGAGUGCUGACCCCACCGUCCUUGGCAAAUACAGAGCUGGAUUUAAUGAGUGCAUGAACGAGGUGACCCGGUUCCUUUCCACCUGUGAAGGGGUGAACACAGAAGUGCGGACCCGUCUGCUCAGCCACCUCUCCGCUUGCCUGGGCCAGAUUGUGGCUAUGAACUACCCUCCACCGCCACCCCCGGCUGGCCAGCCAGCUCAUCUGGCGCAACCGCUGCAUGUCCAGCUUCCCCCUACGGCCACAGCCCCUGGAGCUGUGCCAGUGCCCUGCAAACUGAACCCUGCUGAAGCCCUGUCCCCCAAAGUCUAUGGAGGCUUCCAGCUGGUCCCAGCUACCGACGGCCAGUUUGCUUUCCUCAUCCCUAACCCGGCUUUUGCUCCCAGCAGCGGACCCAUCAUCCCCCUCUAUGCCAACACUAACGGACCAGUGUCUUCGGGCAGCGGGCCAGGAAACACAGCCGCAACCCCGUCAGCAUCCCCAGUGCAGGGUUUGACAUCAUUUGGGGGUAGCUUAGCUCCAGCAUCCCAAGCUGGGAGUCCGAUCGGGGAACGCAGUGAAUCUGUCUGGAGGCCUUGGUGACUUGUGUAAAGCCUUCCUCCUCUCCCCAAAAAAACAAAGCUCUUUGGUUCCGUUGUAUGGAACCUUGCUUUUGUUUUUUAAAGCAGCCUUUUUUUUUUUUUUUAAAGACUUUAAUACAAAGUGUCUAUUUAUUUCCAGAGAUUGGGAUCUCUACUUGUAUUUUUACUCCUUUAAAAAUGCCUUUAUCCAAAAGACUUUUUUUUAAAUAAAUGAGAUUAGUUUUGUAUCAAAUAUUCACACAAGUAUAAUGCCAAAGUUGUUUGUAUCUUCGUGUGUGUGUGUGUGUGGGCGUGCGUGUGUGUGUGUGUCAAGACUUCCAAAAAAGUUGCAGGUGUUUGGACAAAUAAACUCUUUGAAAUAGAAA